AUGUAUUGGCGCCUAUAGAAGCAGAUGGACAGCAAUCGGUUCUUCUUCUUCUCAAACACACACAAUAAUUUCUCCAUCAAACCUGAUUUCACACGCACACACACCUUAUACUCAUCCAUACACACAGUUUCCUCACCGCCGCUGCUACCAUUUCAUCGAUUCACACACAUUGUCGCUGUGCCGAUCGGCUCACCGCCGACAGCCUUUCUUCACCGCCGCAGUUGGUUUCUCAUUCCCUUGCUGCCGAUCGUUAGCCCCUCAUUUCCUCACCGCCGCUGCUGUGCCAAUCGGCUCAUUACCACCGCUAAAGCCAGCUGUAUUUAUCAGAAGGAUAUAUCAGCUUUCCGAGAGGCCAGAGAUUCCAAUGCCCAUGCAUUAGUUGCUCAAGAGGAUGGUCAGGGGAGUGCGAUUUCUGGAGAAGAGUGGGUGUAUGACAGCUCUUCAGGCUAUUAUUGUAAUCAAAAUAAUGGUUGUUUCUAUGAUCCAAACUCUCUCUUCUACUACACUGAUGCUUUAGGUAGGUGGGUGACACGAGAAAACGCUUUUGCUGCAUCUCGAGCUUCUUCAAAUUUAGCUUCAAAAAAGCCCAUUUUGAAAAAGCCAUUGUCAGCUUUAGAGGGUAGAUCAGCUUUGGAAAACAAAGGCGCUGCAAAAUCUCAGAAUGGAGCGCUACCUGGGCCAGUUGUUUCUGCGCCUCUGAAUCCCAAGAGAUCCAUUAAAGGUGCUCCUUCAUCUCUCACUGUUAACAAGAGAAAGAGGCAAGAUGAAAAGCCCAAGGUUUUACCUGAAGAGGAAGUAGUUGCACUUAAAAAAAAGGAGGCUGCAAGGAAGAGAGUUGAGGAGAGAGAGAAGUCGUUACUUGGCCUUUAUAGACAAUGAUUGAAUCACUGCUGCAAAUACUUGUAUUAUUGUAAGAGAUUCGAAAUUUGAUAUGGACACGUUUGGUAAUUUAGAGGGCAGAUGGUAGCUCAUUUUGUGUUUUUGUUCAUAUAACCUUCCAUGUAUUUUGGUUGCGUUGUAAAUUUUAUAUUUUGGUUGGUAUUACAUGUGAAGC